CUUUCAUGUUCUUCAUGAUAUCCCAUGCACCUACAACCACAAUUUCACAAUUUCUAUUCAAUUUUUCAUCCUCCACUUUUUUUACUUAGAAGAUAGAUUUGAAUUCUAAAUUCUCUCUGACUCCGACUCGAAGAGAUACAAUGUCUUCCACCAAACCACGUUCCGUCUCCCAAAGCCGCACAGUGGAGGACUUGCGCCGCUGCGUAGCUACUCUUUGGACCAGAGAUCUCGUCGCACCUUCGUCCAAAAAGGCUUCAAAGGGUCGAGAUACAACACAUCAAAAUGCAAGUUCCUCUACAGGACCGAGCACUUCAUCAGAAGUAACCCUCGACGGCGAAUCUCUAACCUUGGAGCAACUGUUACUCCUAGGUGAGCCAAGCACGAAAAUUUUGGUGUCGCAAGACGCGGUUGAUCGGAUGCGACGGUCGAGGAAAGUCAUCACGGAUAGCAUGGACAGUAAACGGGUGGUGUAUGGCAUUAACACUGGUUUUGGUCGAUUAUCGAGUAAAGUGGUAGAUUUGACGCAACUAGCUGAACUGCAGGUAAACCUGAUCAGAUCGCAUGCAACGGGCGUUGGAGCAGCAAUACCGAACAACCAAGCCAAGAGAGUGAUGGCCUUGCGAAUCAACACGUUGCUGAAAGGCUGUUCUGGGGUGUCAGAGGAUACGUUUACAAAACUGGUACUUACCUCCUUUGUACUUUAAUACAAGUCCUCCAGCUAAUCCCAUUCCCUCCAACCAACUUCCUCUCGUUUUAAUCCAUGGCUUUUAGAGCAAGGCUUAGCUUACUCUGCGACCUACAAUCUAGUCCUCUCAUCAUUAAUAAGUGCAACUUUGGACAGAGGUCUACAAACAUUAUCAUGUCUAGUCUUGUAGUACUAGUACAACUACCGUGGUAAUAUGAUCUGUCCAUCUUUUUAUAGAUAAAAACUAUAUCUACCGAAUUAUCCCAGCACUAAAAAACCCUCCACGACACACCAGGUAGCCUUUUUCAACAGUGGCUUGAUCCCUUACGUUCGCGCACAAGGAACCGUCGGCGCAAGUGGCGACUUAGUCCCACUAGCUCAUAUCGCCCUGAAUGUGAUCGGCGAAGGACAGUGUUAUUCGCCCAAAAUACAAUCUUUCGUGCCCGUAACAGACGCACUCCUCCGCGAAUACAACCUGACUCGCGCCACAUUGCAAGCUAAAGACGGCUUAGCCCUGAUCAACGGAACGCAAUUUAUCUGCGGCGUAGGUGCAGAGGCGGUUGGGAAUGCCGUGCGAGUCCUGCAAGCAUCGCACAUCGCUGCAGCAGUCACUCUCACCGCCUUACAGGGACAUCCAGAGGCAUACGACGCUCAAAUCCAUUCAGUGCGUGGCCAUCCAGGUCAAAUCGCCUCAGCAGCGUUGAUGCGAGCUUUCUUGCCGCCAGGCUGCAUCAAGGAUCCUAACCGGUUUGAUUGUCAAGACCCCUACAGUCUCCGCUGUCUGCCUCAAGUGCAUGGGCCAGUGGUUGAGAACGUGGAAAGAAUAAAACGAGAAUUAGAGAUCGAAAUAAACGCUGCAACGGAUAAUCCGUUGGUAUAGGACUACUAUAUAUGGUCUUGUUAUGCUUUUUGUGAUAGAAAAUUAUCAAUGCUCGACGUAGUUUGGUUUUGAUAAACGAACAACUAGAUCGAUAAUAUUAACCGAUCGCACGACACUGAUACAGAUACACGACCCUCACCUAACAAGAACGACACACUCACUCUUCCAUUCAGAUCUUCGGCGAUACGCAGCGGAUGAUAUCGGGUGGAAACUUUCAUGCGGAAUAUGUUGCGAAGGCACUGGAUUGUUUGGCAAUUUAUGUGCACGAACUAUCCUCUAUCUCGUAUUCCCGUUUGAUGCGAGUUCUGAACCCACACAAGAACAACGACAGCCUUCCGACGUUUCUGAUUCGGAGUGCCGGUCUUAGCUCUGGGUUCAUGACCUGGGAAAACGUGUCCGCAAGCUUAGUGUCGGAGAACAAGGUAAGACGACUUACAAUUUCUAUUCUUGCAUCAAGUUGGCCUAGAAGUGAUGAAGAUCAGAGUAGAGAUAGAGUAGAGAUAGAUGUUGUAGAGUACGAUCAUUUUUAGCUUCCUUGACAAGGUGGAAUAGACAAGUUGUUUAUUUCCUCCAGGACCGACUUCCCCAGGUCCUCUGCCAUCCGUCGUCAGUCGACUCCCUUUCUACCUGUGCAGACAAGGAGGACCACGUGAGUAUGGGAGGAAUGAGUGCGAGAAAAGCAGUGCAAGUCUCUGAGAAUGUGGCGAAAUGCAUCACGAUAGAACUGAUGGCUGGCAUUCAAGCCCUGUAUUUGCUGACGGACGGCGAAGGAGGUUAUGAAUAAUGGAUCGAAGUGAGUACUUGAUUAGAGUGUCCACGAACUUCAAAGUACUUAGGUGCAUUUACAUACUAUCUACAAUGAUCAUCAUGAAGUUGUUAUCAAAAAGAAAAACAAAAUUAUCUUCUGAACAUCAACAUCUUCUUCUUUUUAUCCACCCCUCUAACACCCAAGCCCAAUCAGACUUCCACCGAUGGUCCAAUGCGUUUUCGAGUUUUGCAAACCGGAUUUCGCGAAGUUAGAGAGCGAUCGCUAUUUGGUACCGGAGUUCGAUCGUCUGUAUCAGAAGGUGAUAUCCGGAGAGCUUUUCGACCAUAUCGCUCCGAUGCUGCCAUCGCAGAGCGAUGCUGAGGAAGGAACUGGCGUAGGUGCUGCUGGAGGAAAGCAGGCUAAACUUUAG